UAAUUAAAUUUAAAUAUAUAAGCGAUGCAAAUUUUCUUAUGAUAAGCCGGGGUCACAAUCUUCAUGGUUCAGUGGGUCCCUCAUAAGUGAAUCGGAACUAGCAGAUCGUGGACUGAAUAUGCCACUUCAUCUGCUAAAGAAACCUAUCGAAAAUCGCACGCCAGCUCUAAUACCGAUUAAUAACGGCGACGCCAAUAAAGUUCUUCCAUCGCUGUCGACGCCAGAGAUUUUGGGGCCCUCGUUUGAAAAAACUACGACGGUUAAUGUCCCGAUCAAUUCUCAGACAAUUCAAAUUCUCCCGCAGGCUACUAAUUCGUUUGAACCGAUUACCGUUAAUCUCUACGAUUCAUAUUUUAUUGUAAAUCAGUCUGACACACAAGCAUCCGCUCAUACGUCCCCGAGUUUCGUACGUAAGCCGAGACAAAUCGUGGACCCUUCAAAGAAGUAUUACGCUUUUGAGCUGAGCAGUGUUCUUAACAUGAAUGAAGGCGUACGCAGACUGAUCGAACAAAAACUCUCGUCGUCGUUAAGAUCGUCAUUUAUUUUACGAGUCCAAGUAAGCAAGCCCUAGAACAGUUGGCAAGAGAUCUUGUUAAUAUUUAUCCUGCGCUUGGGGACCCUCGUCGGGCAGGGAAUAGCUGGGAGAUGUACUACUUUAAUUCGAAUCAAGGGUUCGGUCCGACUGGAUUUUUUGAUUAAAAAAUCAGCGCAAGAAGAAGGAUAAUUUAAAACAAUUAAAUUCAAUAAGUGAACCGGAUUUGGUAUCACAAGACUGGGAUUCAGAGAAUGAAGAUGAUAAUCCCGAACCAGAUGAGAAAGUAUUGGAAUUCUUGCGGCAGAAUAGAGGGACCGAAAUAAUUGAAACAAUGAAGUCAACAGUAUUCAUGCGCCGCACUGUGAUUCGAAAAUUUGGCGAAACUCUCGUAGGAUUCCGAAAAAUUCCGUCCAUUAUUCCGCGUCUAUUUGACAUGGAGGGAAUGAUUGUUCAGGAUUUCAAUGCUCGCCAUCCCUUUUUGUCGCUUAUCGUGUACGAUAGGUGGCCAGCUGUGUCCAAGCUACUUUUACGCUAUGCAGAGGAAAGUGGAAUAGAUUACGGGAAAAAGCUGGGUGUAAAAAUUCCACGAUGUGACUUAUCUGACGAUCAUAUUGCUAUAAUUGCGUACAGCUUGCUCCCGUAUAUCCUUCCAUCGUGGGCAAGGAAAAUUGCAAGUUUUGACGAUUCUACUGUUCAAGAUGACUCGACCGAUUCUACUCCUCCAAAGCCUAAACGCAGUCGAAAAACCGUGAAAGCAUCGGAUUUGGAUUCUAGAAACAGUUUGAUUGUGUUUCGAUCGAAAAAUACUCACGUUGCUGACGUCUUAAAAGAAAACGUUAAUGCAGCUCCGCACAUUUUGGCCCUUGGAUCUACGUUCGAUCUCAAGAUUGAAGAUUACUUUGUAAUUAUAGAUAAAUAUGCAAUUCCCUGUGGAUCAAGUUUCUUAAUAGCUUUAGACACCUGUUUAAAAUCAUUUACCGUGUUUUAUCUCCCACCACCAGUGGAAUCUAAAAAUUUGUGGUUAUUUGUAAUUCAUGGUGUAGCUGGUAAACCAACUUCAAAUGUUAUUUUAACCCCUAUUGUUCAAGCCCUAAUUGGGCAGAUAAUGUCGCGUUUUUAAUAAUUUUGUGAACUAAUUUUACUAUUUAAUAUAGUUAUGGGUAGUUAAAAACAGAAAUAACUUUCAAUUGUUAGUCACACUUUUCUUACACCUGAUUAAAUACGGAGUUUUUAAUUGAA